GCGUAGGCAGACGCGAUGACGUCACCGCGCGCAGACUGUGAUGGCGGACGUAACCGAGAUAGACACGAUGAAACACUUCCACGGCGGUUUCGAGAAAAUCGACAAAGAGAUGAGCCGUUAUCCGUACUGCAUCGUCUGGACUCCCAUCCCGGUUCUGACAUGGUUCCUGCCCUUCAUUGGUCACAUGGGCAUCUGCACUUCCGCCGGCGUGAUCAGAGACUUUGCAGGACCUUAUUUUGUAUCAGAGGACAACAUGGCGUUUGGAAAACCAACAAAGUUCUGGAAGCUGGAUAGGAAUAAAGUGCACGGCGCCGGAGCAAACGCCUGGGAUCUGGCCGUAAACCAGGCAUCCGAGGAGUACAAAACCAGGAUGAACAAUCUGUGUUGUGAUAACUGUCACUCUCAUGUGGCCAUGGCUCUGAACCUCAUGCGCUACGAUAACAGCUCCGCCUGGAACAUGGUCAACCUCUGCUUACUGUCCUUCAUCCACAGCAAACACGUCAGCUUUGUGGGCUUCCUGAAGACCUGGCUGCCUUUCCUGAUGCUCUGUGGGGUCAUAGUCACCAUCUCCCUUGCGGUCAACCUGCGAUGACUGAGGCUUCAAACACUGAGAGAGAUGAACCUGAACUGAAAUCAUGCAUCGUCUCAAUACAGAGACCUCUUUGCAUCUAGAGACACGCAGACUAUCAGUGCCAUUGUAAAUAAGUGAAUUACAGGGACUUUUUCCAGUACUGCUUUUACUGCAUUUGAUAUAUUUGUAAUAUAAUUAUAUCACAUACAUGGAUGGGGCUACAUGAAACAUGGCAGCAAUUUCCUGUCAAAACGAUUUUCCAUCAUUUUUCCAAGAACUACUUGCAUUGAAGUCAGUUUUCAUCAGUUAUUUUUAAUGAUCCGGGAUGUUCACAGGUGUAUAUUGUUUUACAUUAAUAGAGACUGUAAAUUUGCUUAAUUUCAGGAUCAAUCUUAAUGAUUUUUUUUUAUGUUUACAUCUUUAAUGUUUACAUUUAUAUUAUAUGAACAAAUAAAAGUGCAUUCAUAAUG